UAAUUCUGUACUAUUUUUUUGCAAUUCCAACUUUAUCAUUACGAUUAUCACAAUGUUUUUGCAUGUGGUUCUAAGUUAUAACUAAAGGAUUGUUUACAUCCAUCGUGGCAUUAUGUUAAGGCUGGUAAUUUAGUAUCAAAGGGGAUUUCUUUGCUCUUAACUCACCCAUAGUAGAGCUAUCGUAUCUUUUGUUUGUAAAAUUGAUGGGCGAUUAUACGCUUUCGAUGAUAUAAUCAUCAAUCGGCUAUUGUGAUCCAAUAAUUGAGGAACAAACGUCAGUUGGUAGCCAUAGCAACUAAUGGGUGAAUUGCAUCAGCACUUUUGUUCUCGAGGAGAAAAUUUAUUCCUUAGCACUGAAUAGCGGCCAUUGUUUGUCGACGGAGCGGAAACAGGUUGCUGGCACGAAAACAGUAAAUCAUAAACUGUAUUGUGUCGCUAUCUAAAUGACGGGUGUUACGCCAGCACUUUUAAACAAUGAUACGCUUGAACACAGGACUUUCCCAAACUUCCAACAGCUGAAACAGUAUUUAGCUGCAGAUUUGAGCCAAAUUAUUUCUAUAAUAGCACAGUUUGUUCAAAGUGUUCGUAUGUAACGUAACCAGAUCCUCGUAAAACACAUUCCGAAAGCCGACCACGGAGUUUCCAAAAUGGGAGGCAUUGGUGUAUUUGCUUUUGUCUCGACGCUUUUGUUAAUUCCACGUAGAAUGAUUGCGCAAAUUGUGAGCUAUGGAAACAAAAUUACUUUUAACAUGUAUUUUAACAUUGGACAGACUAGGCAACAUAACAUGAAAUGUUGCAGAAUUUCAUAUAACUAUAAGGUUUACCUGCGCCGCUAUAAUAUUGUAUUGGUGAGUUCCUAUUCGGUAAUCAAGGAAACCGUAUUUACGAGUAUUUCUAUAAAUAGUAAGUUUUGACGUUGGGGCUUAAGUGGUCAUCCGUAUACUUUUUUUCUUACAUUACGCAGUGAUAGAUAAGCGUCUUAAAAUAGCACAGAUUUCAGCCACGCACUCAUUCUCCUUACCACGGCAAAACUUAUAUUUAAAUCGGUCUAUUGAGUUCUUUGUAUGUUCGCGAACCCCAUCGACCAGGAGAUAAAGUCUCCAUAAAAGAAACCGUUAAUUUGGUGCCACUUCUGGAAACCGAUAUUCGGCUUAUUCGUCUAUUGAUAAAUAAACAAAAUUUGAAACUGUUGUGUCGUAUGCGCACAAUUUUUGUGCAACUAUAUUUUAACAAACUUAGAGGGGGACGUGCUAAAAUUGAGUUUAAACUAGUUUGAAUUUAUUAAAAAUGCACCUAUCUAUAUAUGCCGAAUAAAACUAUUGUAUACUUAACUCCAUAAAGUAUAUUUGUUUUCGUGUAUCAAACAAUAGACUUUUGUGCUUGUUCCGUAUAAAAAAUAUAUCAAUAUUGAGGUAGUUUUAAAUGUCGAAUUUCAUGUAUGGUUCCCGUUGUUACAAAUUCGAUGACGACAUUCAAGUUUUACACGGACGUGGGUAAGCGCUUACGAGAGAAAAAGUUUCUACAAAACGAAGAAGGGUCUAAAGCUACGCUCGCCCGAUAAUGGUCGUUCAGCUAUAUGGUGGUGUAUGCCGCGUUUAGCUCAUAGUCGUGACCAGCAGUUUGGCGAGAGCAAGUGAUAAAAAGCAUUUCGUUUCUGUUUCUCAUUUUAAGUCAACACCAAAGUAUUUGUUGAUUCAAGUUAGCAACGCGAAGAACAUUAUGGCACCGAACGGAAAGCCUGCGAGUUUCGUAAUGCAACGUCAGCGUUCGCCGCUGCAACCAGUCGUAGAAUCCGUGACAUCCAAAGACCACAUUAGAGUUAAGAACGAGUGUAUCUUAUUUUCACAGUCCAUCAUGAGCGGGCGAUGGAAUCCGUCUACCAACGUCCACGCAGCCGAAUCCACGCCCACAAACCUUGAAGGCCCGGAGCCAAGAAUUCUCUCAAAGAAACGAAGAGAUUUGAUCAACGCUGAGAUCCGUGAGCUACAAAAUCUUCUUCCGUUGAAGAAAAGUGCAAGAGAAAGACUCUCAUACCUCGGUAUCUUGGCCCUUACAAACACUUUCAUCCGAAAGGCUACUUUUUUCAAGAAAGAAUGCAUCAGUUGCGAUGCCUCGAUGAGUUCCGGUUUGGUUUCUGAAUUCACUUCGUCGCUCUGUGGUUUCCUCCUCGUUUUCAACAGAGAAGGCAAAAUCCUGUAUUCGUCGGAAAACAUUCUUGACUACUUAGGCAACACAGUGGUGGAACUUGCCAGUCAAGGAGACAGUAUUUAUGACUUCGUGGACAAAGAAGACCACGACCAGGUGCGCGCGCAGUUAGAAGUUCCGCCACAUGACGAUAGGGGUGAAGCAAGAAAGCUUUCCUUUUUCUGCCGAAUGGCGACAUCGCGAUACAUGAAAACACAAAUGCGCUCAUGGAAGAACAAGAUUAUCCACGUGACCGGGAAAUACCAUAGACCCGAGAUGAGCAACGAUUGGUCGGACACAGUGUUCGUGGCAGUUUGUACGCCCAUCGAGUCAAAACCAGUGACAGACGUUCGACACCACCCAAGCCCACGCGCUUGUGAAUUUAAAGCAGUACAUGGACCUGACAUGAAAUUUUUGGAGGUACCAAACACAGUUGAAUCUCUUUUGGGUUACAAGCCAGACGAGCUUGAAAAUACGAGUUGGUAUGAUUGGAUUUACCCAGAAGAUCUUGGACAAGCGCGUCAACAACAUCUGAAAUUUGUUAAAGAAGAUGGAUCAGCAUUCGCUUGUGUUUUGAGGAUGAUAAGAAAAGAUGGAUCUGCUGUUUGGAUGGAUAUUACUGCGGAAAAGUCACAAGAAAGCAUCGGCAACUCGUUCAUUUGCAACUACAUUGUCAUUGAUGAAGAAGAAGUUCCUUACUUUCGCAUUCAUCAUAACUUGCUUCCCUUCCCCGAGCAUUAUACUGAUUCACAGCGUCAGUACCUCGCCUACCGUUCUACUUUGCUUAGUGCGGCACUCAGCAACGACGCAAACUCGGCCGGGACUUCACCCUUGACGUCACCGACCAGUAUCAGCCAGCACGACCUAGCUUCUGCACACAUCGGACACCCAAUGUAUGGCGACAACCUCGACACAAAAUCUAUCCUUCGCCGGCAGUUGAUUAAAAGGAAAAUGAGCUCACUCGACAGCCCAUUAUGUUCACCACAAGGCUCCUACCCCGGAGAUAUGUUCUCAGUUCCACCCAACAAAAUGUUGAUUCGCACAGCUUCCGAGAUCAACUACACAAACACACCCUACCAUGUUCCACUCCACCAUUCGACAUCUUACCCCGAAGCAUCAUACCACUCCCAUGUUGCUUACAGACAAGCACCUGAAGAUUCCUUUCUUUCUCAACUGCACAGCCCAUCCACAGCGACACCGCCUUACCUGUAUGAAGGUGGUUACACAACACUGGCUGCUGUCCGGCCACAGUCUUUGACAUUGCGUCAAAGCCAGCGAUCUCCCGACGCAAACAUCAAUUCCUCGUCUCCUUUGAACGGCCACAAGCAACUAAAUCAAAACAACAAUGCUCAUAUCAACGUUGCUGAUCCGUAUUACUCCCGAUCCCAGGCUUUCGCCAACCAGCAAUACUCCCCUACCCCAUCUAACUGCAGUUCAGGCGCAGGUUCUCCCUACUACGCACCUGGUAUGUCACCUUGCAGCCUCUCACCUCGCUCCCCUGUCACGAAUACCCAGGGCACUCUCCCGGCUAAGAAAUUGGUCCAAAACAACAGGCCUUCCGUGGAUGGUUUGUUCAGAGAUGUGAGCGAUAUCAUCGACGGCGAGUUGGUGAGCGAUCCAGGCCACUACAUGGUUGCUUCACCAGAACCUGCACACCGAUCACCUUACCACACAUCGCAACAAAGCAGUCCCCGCCGUUCGACUGUUCAACAUUACCCUGGCAGCCGAACCGAGCCAGAGAUGCGUCAAAUCAUGGGCAGUUAUGGCUCACCAGAAAUCCGAUCGAGUUUGUGCCAGUUAAAGGAAGAAGUCGCCAGCUCUCCAAUUCAAUACAAUGCGAUGUCUCCUUGUAGCAACCAGAACAGCCCCACACACUCAGUGUACUCCAACUACGAUGACAACUGCUACUCUCCGGAACGUGUCUCCCCUGAGUUCGGCGUGACAUCUUGUGCAGAGGUACAGCGCUACCAAGACACAGUCAGUGGUAUGGAGAAGCCCUACCACGUUCAGUAUUCCAUUUCGACCAGCCGGCCUACCGCUAUGCAGCAAUACCAGGCAGCAGCCGCAGCUUUCUACGCAGCUCACCAGCGAAGCGAUGUCGAAGGCGGAUCUGAAUGGGUGAAGAAGUAUGGCAAUAUGUCUGCAAUGGAAAUGCUCUUUUCCGAGUCGGACGGCCAGCCUUAUCUUGCUUGAUUUACGAAGUCCCCGUAGGUAGUCUCAGACUGCCAACGGCGCGACUCUCGUGCCAAGAACCGUAACAUGUCACAGUUACGUAAAGUUCUCCUACAAUAGGAGUGUCUAUUUAUACAAUAUGGCGACCCUGGACAAUUGCGAGCAAUGCGCAGCUUGUAUAAUUGUUUUCUUCAAACGCCGUAGUCAAUCGCUCGUAAUAGUAGCUUUGUACUUUAUGUUGCUACCAAUGUGUUGCUGAACUAACUUUGUAGUAGACUAACCUUGCAUUUUUUAAUCGUAGCGAACCCAGAAAUGGGGAAGAAGCAGGUCUAUCGUGGUAAUGCGAAUGACUGCGCUUUUAUAACAAAAGCCCAUCUACAAUGGGUAACAUAACGACAAUUCGAAUUUCUUAAAAACCGCGAAAAUUUCAUGCUGCGGUUCGAACGAAACACAUUUUCUGUAAAAUAAUAGACGUUCCGCCAUUACGCGUAUGUCUAAUUUAAAUUAUCUACGCAUUGCGCAACAAUUCUCCCUUUGUUUGUACGAAUACAAUGCACGUCAAUGAUGUACUGUUGCGUCAUCGCACACUCGAACGCAACAAAGAUUUUCCGUUUUCAUAUUUCAUUUCGGAUGUCGCCAGUAACAUUUCAUUCUUCAUGCAAGUGUGUAUUUCGUGCGGUCUCGCCUGCGUGACUUGCAGAAUCGAAUAUGUGCGCCUUGCCUUAAAAUCGAAUUAACAAACCACAGAUUCUAAUAUAAUAUAAUAAGCUAUAGCUCACCAACGGAUUUUGUAAACGCCCACGGCUACGCUAUUUCCAAUGAAAUCAUAAGUCGUGACGGGGAGCGUCUAAAUCUGAACCACGGAUCCAUCUCCGCCUAACACGCAAUGCCCUGGGCCCAAUGACGUCACAUAGAGGUAGAUUUAGCCGAUUUUCUCCAAAACAAACGAUUUGACUUGGUCGGAAUGCGUUCUUCGAAGCUGUUUUCGAAACAGACUCGUAGCCCUGGGCGUAUGAUCCGUAAAACAACUUAAUUAUCGCUGAAUCUCUGUAGAUGGUUUAACUUCUAAUUAAUCCGUUGAAUCUUAGGUCUUGCGAUAAAAUGUUUAAACUUUGGUAUCAGGUCCUUACUUACGCAUUCGGUCACCACAGGACUACAAAAAUAUCAUACAUACGGGACCAAUCUCACCUAUCCAACUAUAUAAGCUUGGUGUGGUGGUUAGGUCAGCACAGCAAUACUGUACCAAUUAAAUAUAAAUUCCAAUAAGCAUCUUGUGCAAAGGUAAGUUUGCACAGUUGUUUUUUACCGACGUUGCGUGCAAAGAUUUGGCAUUCCACCAGCUGAAGGUAAUUUCAGCUCGUGGUAUGGAACUGUGGUGAUCUGAUUGCGGAUUACGUUGGAAACAAUGUCCCGUUACCGCCUCGUGUGGUAUUUGGGUGGACACUCGGUAGUAACCGAGCUGUAACAGAGCCUUGGUAAUAAAGCUCGAUCGCUUCUAUGUAAAUACGCGCCUUUUGUUGUUGUUUUUUUCUUUUCACGUUUACUUGUGGAUGUAAGUUUCGCUCAUAUUAAAACAAAAAAUCGUUAAAAUGUACUUUCUUUCUUGUAGUUUUUUGCAAUGCCGCACUUCAUAUAUCAUUUUGCUGCAUGUUUAGCAGUAUGUGAUUGUGUAAUAGUAUCGUUGUUUGUUCGUUUAUUUAUUGUAAUCUAUACCCUGUACAGAACAAGGUGUACAAAUAAAAUGUAAGACAAAAU